CGCUGUCGACCUAAAAUAUGUACGCGCUGUAGCCUAAAAAGUGUUGGAAGUUGUUAAGUUAUCAGUGUAAAUAAUGCAAGAAAAAUUUGAAUGUGAGCGUGAGCCAAAGAAUAAGGUCUUAGACGUGUAGUUUUUAAAUGAACUGAAUCCGGCGAUAGUGUUCGCUACAGAGUGUUCUCUUUUGAUGGCGCUAUGGCCGCUAAAAUAUAGCAGCCCAUGAAACUCUCGAUUCCAACCUAAACGUGCGGUUCGAAACAAUUGAUUUUGAAUGAGUAAACAAAUGGCCAAUGAGCAUCAGCAACAGUAAACAACCAACAAUCGGUAAAAACAGUAUGGACAGUGACAGCAGUCAGAAAUUGGAUUUGAAGUUCGUGGAAGAAUUUUAAAAUAAAUCAACGACAAUGAAUGCAGUUAAGCAGGAGAGACACGAUGAGGCCGAAAUUCAGGAACUGGCGGCUAAGCUCGUCGAGGCCAACAAGGCGAAAAUGGCAAAUCCGGCCAGGCCUCCACCGCCACCGGUUACCAGUAUGAACAUCCUUAGUUUCCUUACAUCUGAUAAGGCCAAAACCAGCAAGCUUCAAAACUCAGUGUCUCUAACAACAGUCACUGAAACUAACAAGACUGUAGAUGAAGACUCUGUUCGAGGAAAGUUUGGCUGGACAUCGUUGGGUAAGGUUCACAUUCCUUUCAUUAUUCGUUCUGGGGAGCAUUACUGCUCAGUUAGGAUGGUAGAGAUGAAGGUCCUGAAUAAACUGUUAAACUUCUUGCAUCAGGACCUUUAUAAUUGCACCAAUAUCAGGAGCUACUACAUCACAGAGUCAGAGGCUAGGUUAUUAAACGAGAUCAACUUCAAACACUGUGACUACCAGUUUGGUAGAGAGCAAUUCACCACAAGGGACCUAAUAGUGCGUUUGGCAGAUGCCAAUGAGUUUUAUCAGUUUCUCGGACAUUGUUAUAAUAAGCUAGUGAGUGCUGUGGAGGCAGACUCUCUAGAUCGAUGUGGAUUCAUUCGAAUCAACAGGGAAUCAGUGGUACCCUACACAGUGUAUAAUGAACAGAAAUAUGUGCCGCUCUUCUACUUUGAGGGGGAAACAGACAAUUUAAAACAACGAGCCGACAAACUUGAGGGAUGGGAUUUAUCAUAUCUAAAAUUUUGCUGCAAAGUCCAGGGAAUCAGGAACGAACUCUUCGCUCACGACUCCUGUUCGGUAAUCAGUUUAAAUGACAUAAAAAACUACUUUCCCCCAGGCACUCUGUUUGAAGACUAUUGGCCCAAGAAAAACUUGGACUCUCAACUUUUAAUAAGUGGCAACUCAAGGAGCCAAGCCCAAAUUGUGCAGUGGACCAGGAAGCCAACAGCCCCUCCAAUGCCGUCUCACCCCCCUCCAUCUCCAAAACCUGCCACUCAGGCCAAGGCUGCAAACAACAGCCAGCUGCACAAUGUGCAUGUCUACUCCAACUACAACAUUGGAGCAGCCAGCGCUACAGGAGGGCAGCCCCCAUAUCACUCUCCCCAGCCCAGGACGGCCAGUUCGGCUGUGAGGGCCACCUAUCCAUCUGCAGCCACAAGAAACAUGAGGCCAUCCACUUCUUACUACGCCAGCAUGGCACAAGCGCCUCCAGCAUUGGUCAGGAGCACAGCGCAAGCUUCAUAUACGAAUGCGCAGACAAAUUCCGGUGCAUCGAAUUAUAUGAUUCUGGAUCCCUCAAUUAACCAGACAAACUUCCAUCAGCCGAGUCAGUUGAACAAGUACCCGCCGCCGCCGUUGCUGCACAUGAACGGCGCAAUACCUUCACCAUACGACAGGGACCUCGCGCAUAACUACGGAGUGAACAGCAGUCAGGCGCAGCUGAUCAACCAGCAGCCUGCGCAUCAGGCGACGCGCGCGCAGACCACCACGCCAGUAAACGACGACAGGAACAGCCUGACGAACGGCAGAAUGUCGGGCGGAAUGAACAGCAUCCGCAAGCUGAAGCAAAUACCCGAACAGCCGACCAAUCACAUUCCCUACAAGCUGGUGCCGAAGGAAAUCGCCGACGGCAAGAUCAUCCAAUGCAUACCGAUGAAAAACUAUCAGAACUCCAACGGGGAGUUGCUGGUCACUUUGCCGGACCUGGUCGCGAACUUUUUUCACAACGUUUCAGUUCAGAGCUGUCAGCAGGUCAUGCAAGUUUUGGGCAUCGAGCUCUACAAGCCUAAUAGUUCUCAAUUGAGGGUGUUGUUGGAGAAUGGAAAAUGUGGUAGUGUGAACGAGGCGGUGCCGUUAGUGCAGGUUAGAAACGUGAUUGAUUUUAUGCCGCAACUAAAGUAUAUGCUAAACAUACCGGAAAUAGCGGCAAAAAGACAAAGAACUAGCUAGGAUUGGGGGGCGAUGUGGGGCUAUAACUUUUACAAUUUCUAGUGAGUGCGGCUCCACACAACGCUUCAUCGCGAAUUAUUUUUAAUUUAAAUGAAAAUUGUUCCUACUGUCUGCUAUCUUGGACUAUAAUAAGCAACAUAUUAUUAAUAAUUAUUAUUUAGCCGAUGGCAUUUACGGGCUGUUCCCUGACAGAUCAUUAAUUUAAAAAAAAAUUGUGCAAUAUGAUUUUUUUUUCGGUCGUAUCAAUUAAUUAAUAGGAAGUAUAAGAGAGAAAGACUUAACAGCAUGUCCGUGUAUGCCAGCGGUCUCUAUGACAUUAUAACUAUAAGGGUCAUUCCAUUGAUCUAUUUACAUCAAAUACUCCUUUAUAAUAUGUAAAAAAUAGGCUUAUAACGAAGAAACGUUUUUUGCUACAUAAUUUGCAGCAUUUGAUAUAUCGUGUAAAUAUGAGCCAAAAAAAAAAGAUCGAGCAACGAUUUGGUAUGGAAUGGCCCGUUAUGAAACAUAGUAUUUUAAAUUGACGCCAUGAACAGGAUUAAUUUUUUUGUAAUCGACUCAAUAUUUUUUUGGAUGUUUUCUAGUCAUUGUUCAUUGGUGUUAUCUAAAUGAGUGUAAAGCAUGGGCGUGAUUUUAAAAUACUCCAUUCUGUACGGCGCCACCGUCGGAAUUUAAGAAUAAUUCAUCCACUUGUUGCUGUUAUUAUUAUAUUUUGGCGUGGUUUAGAUAGCGAAAUGUCCAGGGUAGGGGUAUCUAAAUAUUACGAAACAUUUUGAUUGAUUUAAUUGAGAUCUGACCUGUUUUAUUCAUUUUUCGGCUUCACUGGGUAUUCUACGCAUUUUUUAUGAUUAUUGCUCCUGCCUGUGAUGUUCAAAUACAAUUUUACAAUUCAGUAUUUACGUAUAAAGAAAAAUGUACAUUCAUCACACUAAUUUAUUUCUUUUAUUAUUAAUUAAUUAUUAUUCAUUGAUCAUUUGUUGGUGUGAUUCGUUUUGUGAUAGUCUGUA